AUGUGGUACGACAAGAACCUAUUAUGUGAUACCGAGGAAGGAAUACGAGAUGAAGCAGAACCUUGCUACCUUGUAAAUAGCUUAUUCUUUGUUUCAGCUGAUACGGCGCCGUUUCACUAUAGCUCCGGCGUUCCAGCGGCAGAGACACCCGUAUCAUCUUCGUCGAACCCGUCUCUACCGAUUACAAGAAGCUUUCCUUCGACGAUUCCCAAGCUGUUUCAUUUCAGGCCAUCGAGGGAGCUUCUAUUGCUACCCAUACCCGAUGUUGAUUUAGAUGGGGAAAUGAAAGCUUUUGGUUCAGUAAGCAUUGGUGUCAUGGCGUGGCUGGCUGACUAUUUCCGCUCCGAUUUCUCGCCAAGUGAGAAGCGCAUCCCCAUGAUUUCACUCUCUGGCAAAUGGCGGAUGAUUGGUCGUUUGACAUGGUUCGAGCUGCCAUCUCAUAACAGUGAUGGAGAGCUCUUGAAGAUGUCAUUCUCUUCGAAGGCGAUUCCCUCCCAGACUUUCUCCAGCCUGCAGCCUAAGCUUCAGUACCUGAUUGUGCUUAAACUCUCCUUCUGCGAAAUUUUAGCUGCUAUCCCAAACCUGUCGAGCUCUUCCAAACUCGACCUUAUAUGCCGGAGAUGCAGAACUCUAGUUGAGCUACCUGAAAGUGUCCAGUCUCUUUGUCAAAGUCUCCAGCGUGUUCCAGCCAGACUCGACUCAAAGUUCCUCAAGCAGCUUCUGUUGUCCAAUUGUCCCAAUGUCAUAAGAUGUCCUCCUGAUAUGAAUUCAGAAGAGUUGGAGGCUUGA